UCCAUUAUCUUAUUAUCGAUCUUACAGAUUACCAGAGAGUUCCGUAGAGAGAGAAAGCGAAGAAGAGAGAGAAAGCAUGACGACGAUUCGUAGAUUCAGCUGCAAUGAUCUUCUCCGCUUCGCAUCAGUGAAUCUAGAUCAUCUUACUGAAACAUUCAACAUGUCAUUUUAUAUGACUUACAUGGCAAGAUGGCCGGACUAUUUCCAUGUUGCAGAAGCUCCUGGCGGCCACAUCAUGGGAUACAUUAUGGGAAAAGUUGAAGGGCAAGGAGAAUCUUGGCAUGGUCACGUCACUGCAGUAACUGUGGCUCCUGAAUAUAGGAGGCAGCAAUUAGCCAAGAAAUUGAUGAACCUGCUGGAAGAUGUCAGUGAUAAGAUUGAUAAGGCUUACUUUGUGGACUUGUUUGUGAGAGCAUCAAAUACACCAGCCAUAAAGAUGUACGAGAAGCUUGAUUAUGUAAUAUAUAGGCGAGUUUUACGCUAUUACUCUGGGGAGGAAGAUGGUUUGGAUAUGAGGAAGGCGUUAUCACGAGAUGUAGAAAAGAAGUCUAUCAUCCCUCUUAAACGACCGGUGACUCCAGAUGAAUUGGAGUAUGACUGAGUCGCUAAAAGAGUUGUUACCAUGUAGUAUAUCUUUCAAGAAGCUAAGUUUAGACAUCAAGAAGUCUUAGCUGGAAAUGUAUUAGAUGAGGUGUCUGAGUUCUUAUCUCUAUCUGAAAAUGGAUACUUUCUAUUUUAGUGUUAUGCCAGUAAGUACUUGCAUAUUAUGUUUAAGAACCAAGUGCUAACUGAGUCAUUUUUUCCCAAAGGCUACUUAAGUUUACCAAAUUUGGCCAUACUAGCUCUAUUGAACUUUAAUAAUGCAAAUAUGUUCUGUGACUAUUCAUUAUGGAAUUGCUCAAUAAGAUAUUACAAUUCAAAUUACAAAUA